UCAACAAAACAAAUGGCAUAACGCGUAGACCAAAGUCAAAAUAAGUGUUAUCGGCAUCGAUCUUCGUUAUCGCGAGAUAGGCAGCCUACGAGAUGAAACGGAGGCAUUUAAUUAUCUGUUUACGAGCAACAAUGCCAAUCCUUCGCCUCUCCGUGUCUCGCAUUAUGUAAAGUCAAAAUACGACGGAGGCAUCCCGCGAUCCGAAGUCCGCUCCCACCUUGGACGUGCGAAGUUUCUUGGAUCGUAGAUCGCCAAAUUCUCGACUAAAUCUUCUGACCCUUUCGAUCAUUUCGCCUCAGAAAGCAAGAGGAUGGCAAGAUGAAACGUGUCUCGAAGAUGGAAACGUAAUUCGAGAAACGACGUCAAAGCGAUUUCGUUCCGUUGCCUUAGUCUGUGGAUUUAAGUAAUGUACUUUUACAAUACCGACAAUGCAAUGUUGUGAAGUGUUUUAAUCAUUUGAUAUCGAAGGAGGAAGGAAAAGAGUAUGAACACAACUUGAAGAUACACAUCACGUGUCUCAUAUUGAGAAAAAAUGUUUCGAAGUCGCAGUUGGUUUGGCGGAGGGCUGUGGAAGCCAAAGAAUCCGCAUUCACUGGAACACCUUAAGUAUUUGUACAAUGUCUUGUCGAAGAAUCAAACCGUAUCAGAGAACAAUCGAGGGCUGCUCGUGGAGACGUUGAGAUCGAUAGCAGAGAUUUUGAUAUGGGGCGAUCAAAAUGACAGCAGCGUAUUUGAUUUCUUUCUGGAGAAGAACAUGCUGUCGUUCUUCCUGCGAAUCAUGAAGCAGAAGUGUGGCAGUUAUGUCUGUGUGCAACUGUUGCAGACAUUGAACAUCCUUUUCGAGAACAUCCGUAACGAAACAUCUCUGUAUUACUUGCUGAGUAACAAUCAUGUCAACAGUAUAAUAGUGCACAAAUUCGACUUCAGUGACGAAGAGGUUAUGGCGUACUACAUCAGCUUUCUAAAAACGUUGAGCCUGAAGUUGAAUGCUCACACGAUACAUUUUUUCUAUAACGAGGUAAACGAGCAUACGAAUGACUUUCCACUGUACACAGAAGCUAUUAAAUUCUUCAACCACACCGAAGGAAUGGUACGCAUUGCAGUGAGAACAUUAACUUUGAAUGUCUAUCGAGUAGAAGAUGCUUCGAUGCUUGCCUUCAUCAGGGACAAGACAGCGGCCCCUUAUUUCAGUAACUUGGUUUGGUUCAUCGGUAACCAUAUUAUUGAGCUGGACACCUGUGUUCGAAACGAUGCAGAUCAUCAAAGUCAAAAUCGUCUGUCGGAUCUGGUUGCGGAGCACCUGGACCAUCUACAUUAUUUGAACGAUAUUCUAUGUUUGAACAUUGCCGAUCUGAACAAAGUUCUGUCCGAACAUCUAUUGCACAAGUUGUUAGUGCCACUCUACGUGUACUCAUUGACGAAGCACAACAAUCUUCCGUGCCAGAUCCAGGAGGAAAGAAAACACGUGAGCAUUGUCGUGGCGCUUUUUCUGCUGUCUCAAGUCUUCCUAAUUGUGUCGCAUCGUCCAUUAGUGCACGCUUUAGCGGCAAUAAUCCUAAAAACCGACAGCGAUACGAUAAAAAACGGAGCGAGUAGAGUGCUCGACGUCUAUAGUGAAGAAAUCGCCCCGAACAAACCGAUCGCAUUCUCGCCGCCGAAAGAGAGCCUCGAAAAGUCACUGGAAAACCUCAAUGAGUCCUGUGAAGACAGUGAUUCGGAGGAAAUAAAUGAAAAAGAAAGCAAUAACGAGGAAACGAAGGAAUGUGCAGAGACACCGGUGACCAACGAGCCAAGCACUUCCUUCGAUGGAACCUUUGACGAGGAACCCUCCAUUUCCAGGCCUGACAGACUUGACGUGAGUGCAUCGAAUGACACCAUCGAUGACAUCAAGCAUCUGAAUGUCACUGAUGAGGAGAAGGAACAGAGGCUGGCUCUCGAAAGCCCACUUACUCCGCAACAACCUUCCGCAAAAUCCAGCAGGGAGUCCCUGGCGAAGAAACCAUUCCUCGAAACCAUUCUCAACUCUUUGUACUGUGUGGAAAAUGACUACGCUGCCUUGUUCGCCCUGUGUCUUUUGUAUGCGUUGGCUAAUAAUCAGGGAGUCAAUCUGGAACAGUUGGACUUGACAAUGUCUGCUUCGCGACAGGCAGCUGCGAAGAACUGGUACAACGAGAUGCUGGUGGACAAGCUGAUUCACAUCAUCACUUUGAGCUGCCAAACGAACGCGAAAGUACGACUCGUUACCCUGGAACUCACCAUCAGGCUACUGACCCAGCUAGUCAUGUCCGAAGGCCAAAGUCUUCUCCAUGACUGUCACUUGGCAGCGAUCGAACAGGCGAAGGAACAAAGUGCAUCGUUGCUGAGGAACUUUUACAAGAGCGAAGACAUAUUCUUGGACAUGUUCGAAGACGAAUACACCGAAAUUCAGAAGAAACCACUGAACGUCGAAUGGCUGAUGAUGGACAGCAACAUUUUGUUGCCUCCCACUGGCACGCCGAUGACUGGAAUAGAGUUUAGCAAGAGACUGCCCUGCGGUGAGGUGGAAAGAGCUCGACGUGCAAUAAGAGUCUUCUUUUUAAUCCGGGAACUGUCGCUGACAUUAAGCAUGGAACCAGAAACCCAGUUGCCGUUAACAAAUCCAGCUGACUGCGUGCAAGUCAACAAUGUCCUCGACCUAAAUAACAGCGACAUAAUAUCCUGCACCGUGGUGUGGAAGGAUGGACAGAAAAUCCGCCGAUUUCUUGUUAUCCAUGUGAUCCAGUUGAUCCUCGUUGAACCUGAUCCGAGGAAAUUGGGCUGGGGUGUGGCGAAGCUUGUCGGUUUCCUGCAAGAUAUCGAUGUGAUCGGUGAUAAGGACGACUCCAGGUGUCUCCAUUUAACGAUAUACAAGCCACAGAGCAGCGGAGCCAACAAUCGAGUCCCUCUGCUCUCUGCCAAGUUCAUUUUCGACGACCACAUUCGCUGCAUGGCAGCGAAACAAAGACUGACGAAGGGAAGAAUCAAGGCACGGCAGAAGAAGAUGCAUCAGAUCGCCAGAUUAUUGGACAUUCCGACUAUAAUGCCUCAUUGCUCGACGCCCCCUAAUUAUGCCUUGCUUGGAGUAAGGAGUGACCGACCACCCGGACGCGGGAGACCAAAGGAACAGAGACCCAUGUUUACGGUGAACAAAGUUCCUGGUUUCGCAGCCCAGAUGCGAAGGGAAAGCUCCUCAAGGUCUUCAUCCAGCAACUCUAUGACACCGAACAGCAGGCGAACCGACUGCAGUCCUAAUGGGAAGAGUCGUGAAAACGGCCUGCGGUCUAGGGAUAAUUCCCCAAAAAUGCCCAGGCCACGCAGUGAAGAAAUUCCCUUGGAGGACAUGUGCCUGCGAAAGGCUUCGAUGGCUGCUGGGGGGCCUGUAGUCCCAUCGGUACCUGUCGAGAGGAAGGAUUCUUCGUUGUCUGGGCCAUCGACCAACGGGGAGCCUUCGACGCCCGUCAGGAAACGUUCCGAGGAGACUUCCUUUACCUCUCCUCAGGGCUCGGAGUCUAAACCUCGAAGGAAGGGCCAGGUCGAAACUGUUUGAUGGUGGAGGUUGAAGUUCGGGAAACGUCACUGACCUAACCCUGGAGUCGUCUUCUUCAGAAGAGACGCUCUGGGCGAUGUCGCUCUUCUUCCAAUUUCGUCAAGAUUUGGAGAUGACAUGACUAACUGAUGAGCGAGAGAUCUGCUUCGGAAAAAGUACUUAGGACCUUUUUUGCAGUGAGACUUUAUCGGUGAGGGUAGACGAACGAUGGACAGAUCUGCGUGGAGUGUUUCUCUUUUUACUUUUAAUUUAGCUGAGAUGAAUGUGAUGAUUAUGAAGAGUUCAUUAGAUAGGGGAAGUGCCGGGAAAAGUAAGAAGAAAAUUUUUGUUUGAGAUUCGAAGUGAGAGAAAGAGAUAAUUAUAUAGAAGUGUUAUUCAUCCAUAGGUUGUGAAGAAGAAUGUGAGGUUAGAGGAUUGAAAGAUUCAGGGGAAAAAAAAAUGAAAAGUGAGACAGAUUCGGUCUCGUUCAAAGUUUUUAUCAAGUUCAGUGAAGUCAACAAUACGGAAAUAUAUACAAAGUGGAAUAUUUGUACUGCUCAAUAGGUUAAGAAUCGAUGAUAAAGGAGAAUGGAGAGUACCUUUUAAGGAUUGAAAGACGAAAAGAAGAAAAGAGAGAAUAAAUGGAGGGAAAUUCUCAAUGAAGUUCCCCUUUCGCAGAGAUAGAGUACAACUUGUAUUGAAAAUGAAGGAAUUAAAAUGAGAUAGGGGAGUGGAGAAGAAAUCUAACUUGCUGACCUAUUUUGUUGCAUCGAUGGGAUCGAAUCGUAGAGAAUUCUUCAACUCAAAAGGAUCUGGUGUACGAGUAAAAAUUCUGCAGUAAAUAUUUUUUUUGAGGAAUUUUUACAACACAUGAAUUGUAAAUUGAAAUUCAAGUGUAUGAGGCUAUUGCAAGAAUAUAAAUUAUGAAUCUCAUUCCAAAAGACAGGAAUGAAAAAAAAGAAGAAAAUUAAGAUCCAUGAAACUGUACUUGCCUAUUUAUCAAACUUUUCUAAUUAUUGUGCGACUCGAUUUGAUCAACUUAAGAAACGCAUUGAUGACGAUUUUAUGGAAUUGAAAAAUGUAAACUAGAGAAUAAUAUUCAGCCCGAUGAAGAAUUCUGCAAACUAUAGAUCUCAGCUUCAAGAGAAUAGAAAAUAAUAAAAUAAUGUUAAUAAACAAUGCGAAUUCAUGUCAAAGAAAAAGGACAGUAAGAAAUAUUAGUGGAGCCUUCGUUACUGCGGUGAAACUUUUCUAAGUCGCACUGUCCGAUUGUUUAAGAAAAUAACGAAAUAAUCGAAGAAUAUACAGAAAAGCAAAUUCUCACACGAAUACAAAAAAAGAUCAACCGAGAAUUAUCAACGAAGCUUUUCUUAUCCACUUGAUGGGCUUACAUAAGAUUUGCAGAAUUUCAUUUGCUUAAAAUUCACCUCGCUGGAUUUUUGUACAUUAAAAAAUGGGACCCUUUGCAAAAAUUCUGCUUCACAUAUCAAUCACCGACCGCGAUUCUUUCUUAAAUCUAGGUGAAGAAAAAAAAAAUAUAUAUAAAAGUGAGUAAACAAGUGUUUCAGCUCACAACGUCGAUGAUCUUUGUAUUAAUUUUUAGCUAUUAACUCCGCCUUUUCUGGAAAGCCUUCCGUGUUUAUACAAUUCAAUUUGAAUCUUGAAGUUUCGAGAUGUUUUCGUUGAAGUUGAAAUGCAACUUUAAGAAUCAUCUUGAAUCUGUAGUAACGAUAUAUUUAUAGUUGCAGGAGCUCUCUUAAAUUAAUCGACAUUGAUUGCUAGGAAAAGAGACGCGACGAAGGUUGGGAAUAAAAUGAACGAAUCAGAUUAUA